GAGUUUCGCUCUUGUUGCCCAGGUUGGAGUGCAAUGGCACAAUCUCGGCUCACCACAACCUCCGCCUCCGAGGUUCAAGCAAUUCUCCUGCCUCGGCCUCCUGUGUAGCUGGAAUUACAGGCAUGUGCCACCAUGCCCGGCUAAUUUUGUAUUUUUAGCAGAGACGGGUUUUCGCCACGUUGGUCAGGCUGGUCUCAAACUCCCGACCUCAGGUGAUCUGCCCGCCUCGGCCCCCAAAGUGCUGGGAUUACAAGCGUGAGCCACCGCGCCCAGCCGGUUUACAGGCUUUUCUUACCAAAACUAUGAGAAGAGAACAAAAAAGAGGAAACCCCUUUGGCUUCCUCUAUGAGGCGAUAAUCUUGACGCCAAUAAAAAGAGUAAAGAAAGAAAAAUUAAAGGUCAGUUUCAUUUAUGAAUAUAGAUGUAAAUAUCCUUCAUAAAAUAAUCACAAGCCAAAACAAUCAGAACCAUCAUGGCCUUUCUGGUUUAUCCCAGGGAUACAAGGAUGUUAGAAAACUCUAGUAACGUUAUUCAUUGCAUUAACAAAUUAAAGGGCAACAAACAGGGCAUUAGAUGAUGGUUAACAUUUGUUAAGUUUCAGUAUCCACUUACAGGCGUGUAAGUGGAUUUUAUGAGAAAAAUCUCUUAGCAAAGUAGGAAUAGAAGAUAAUUUUGUUAACUUUCUUACAUCAUAAACACAAAGGUAUUUAAUGUUAGGGACAAGACAAGGAUGCUUACCACUACUGUUUAUUUUCAAAAUUUUACUGGAGCACUUAAGCAACAUAAUCCAGGCAAAACAAUAAGAAACAGAAGAAAUAAAAAUGAAGAGAUUCAUUAUUUCCCAGGCCAUAUUGUUCUAUACACAGAAAAUCCAAGAAAUUCUGCAAAUACUUGAAUUUGUAAGAGAAUACAGCAAGGUUGCUGGAUACAUGACCAAUGUACACGAAUCAGGAUCAUUCAGCAGCUAAGCAUAGCUAGCAUUUAUUGACCGUUUGGUGCCAGGGACUGAUGAAGUGCUUACAUUAUUUAAUCAUAAAAACAGCCCAGUAGGCACAUUUGUCCUCAUUUUAACAGACCGAACCUGUGGCUUGGAGCGUUAUACAGGUAGUAAGUUAGGCAAGCCUGGUACUACAACCCAAAUCUGUGUGACCCCAAAGCCCGUCAUGGUUUUAACCACUGGGUAGUCUCACGUCCUGCCAGUAAUUGUAAGGAACGUGAUGAUAACACCACUUUGCUCCUGGCCUCAACUUUCUUUUUACUUUGAUAGUUUAAGUGGUAUUUUUAAUAGGAAAAAAAAACAUUCUUACACCCUCAAGUUGUAUAGACAACAUGGAUAAACGAAUGGAAUUAGAUAAAUUAAUUGUACUAGGAGCAUUUCAGGAUAUUCUGGAAUAAAUCUAGACACUGGUGGCCGAUGUCAGAAGAGGUGUGUGAGGAGAACUGGUGGAAGUCACGGGCGCUCAGCAGGACCGGGGCCCAGGGUUCAGUCGCAGGGCAACGCCCAAUCCCUGUUCUGCUCACGCGCUGCCCGCUGGGACGCCAAGUUCUGCAGUGUCUCAGAGCGCAGCUUCGCCCAGGCGCUCCACGUCUCCUGAGUGCUCAUGAAGUGAAGAGAGGCCUGAUUUAUUUCUUCAAUGUAGAGACCAGAGCCCAAGCAAUACUGUACAAUCCAGUUGCCUCAGUAUUGCCCUUGAAAAUGGAUUUCACGUUCAUUCUAACAGCAGCAGGAACUAUAGCCACCCUUGCUGCUGCUGCUGUAGCAACAUUAUUAAUAGUAAAAAGUCUAAGUUCUUUAAAGAAGUGGACAACUAGGGAUAAUCAGAAUACUAAAGAAUCUAGUAAACAAAACAAACAAAAAAAACCACGCCUAUUUUCAACAUGGCAACCAAAAUGGAACAGGAAAACACACAAAGAAUUGGAUGAGAAGAAACAGAGACUAGAUGAAGAGGACGGGGAGGAACGGGGAACAGACCAAGGACUGGGAGAGAAGGAACAGGGCACACACGUAAAACUGAACGAAAAGCAACAGGGCAGCCAAAUUUCGAGUCGCAAUCCCAGCAGCAAUAGCCCAGAAGAGGACACGGUUCCGGUACCGAAGGGUUCAGUACCAGCAGCCCGACCAUCACGCGGCGGGAUGUCUGUGGUUGGCAUUGACCUCGGCUUUCUCAACUGCUACAUCGCUGUCGCGAGGAGUGGCGGCAUCGAGACCAUCGCCAAUGAGUACAGCGACAGGUGUACCCCGGCCUGUAUAUCAUUGGGAUCAAGAACUCGAGCCAUUGGAAAUGCAGCAAAGAGCCAGAUAGUCACGAACGUAAGAAAUACAAUUCAUGGCUUCAAAAAGCUUCAUGGGCGAUCAUUUGAUGAUCCCAUUGUGCAAACUGAAAGGAUCAGGCUUCCCUAUGAACUGCAGAAGAUGCCUGAUGGAAGUGCAGGAGUUAAGGUGCGGUACUUAGAGGAAGAGAGACCUUUUGCAAUUGAGCAAGUUACUGGAAUGCUGUUAGCCAAGCUUAAAGAGACUUCAGAAAAUGCUUUGAAGAAACCAGUGGCUGACUGUGUGAUUUCAAUUCCUAGUUUUUUCACUGAUGCCGAGAGAAGAUCUGUGAUGGCUGCAGCCCAGGUUGCAGGCUUAAAUUGUUUAAGGUUGAUGAAUGAAACUACUGCAGUUGCACUGGCGUAUGGAAUUUAUAAACAGGAUCUUCCCCAGUUAGAUGAGAAACCAAGAAAUGUAGUAUUUAUUGAUAUGGGACAUUCUGCCUAUCAGGUCUCGGUUUGUGCUUUUAACAAAGGAAAACUUAAAGUCUUGGCUACUACCUUUGAUCCAUAUUUGGGUGGCAGGAACUUUGAUGAGGCUUUAGUAGACUACUUCUGUGAUGAGUUCAAGACCAAAUAUAAGAUAAAUGUGAAAGAAAACUCUCGGGCCUUGUUGCGUUUAUAUCAGGAAUGUGAAAAACUAAAGAAGCUAAUGAGUGCAAAUGCAUCAGAUCUUCCAUUGAACAUUGAGUGUUUCAUGAAUGACCUUGAUGUUUCUAGUAAAAUGAACAGGGCUCAAUUUGAACAACUGUGUGCUUCCCUUUUGGCCAGGGUUGAACCACCUUUAAAAGCAGUAAUGGAACAAGCUAACUUACAACGUGAAGACAUUAGUAGUAUAGAAAUUGUAGGAGGAGCAACACGAAUUCCUGCAGUGAAAGAACAAAUCACUAAAUUCUUUCUUAAAGACAUAAGUACCACAUUAAAUGCUGAUGAAGCUGUUGCAAGAGGAUGUGCAUUACAGUGUGCGAUUCUCUCACCAGCAUUUAAAGUGCGUGAAUUUUCCAUCACAGACCUUGUUCCCUAUUCAGUCACAUUAAGGUGGAAGACCUCUUUUGAAGAUGGAAGUGGGGAAUGUGAAGUUUUCUGUAAGAACCAUCCUGCCCCAUUCUCAAAAGUCAUUACUUUCCACAAGAAGGAACCAUUUGAACUAGAAGCAUUUUAUACUAAUUUACAUGAAGUGCCUUAUCCUGAUGCAAGAAUUGGGAGCUUCACUAUUCAGAAUGUUUUUCCACAGUCUGAUGGUGAUAGUUCCAAAGUGAAGGUUAAAGUUCGUGUUAACAUCCAUGGAAUCUUCAGUGUGGCUAGCGCAUCAGUAAUUGAGAAGCAAAAUUUGGAAGGCGAUCACAGUGAUGCUCCAAUGGAGACAGAAACUUCAUUUAAAAAUGAAAACAAAGAUAAUAUGGAUAAAAUGCAGGUUGAUCAAGAAGAAGGAGGGCAUCAAAAAUGUCAUGCUGAACACACCCCAGAAGAGGAAAUUGAUCAUACAGGAGCCAAAACAAAGUCAGCUGUCUCAGACAAACAAGACCGAUUAAAUCAGACACUUAAAAAAGGAAAAGUCAAAAGUAUUGAUCUACCGAUCCAGAGUAGCCUAUGUAGACAACUGGGCCAAGAUCUUCUCAACAGCUACAUUGAAAAUGAGGGGAAGAUGAUUAUGCAAGAUAAGUUAGAGAAAGAAAGAAACGAUGCUAAGAAUGCCGUUGAAGAAUAUGUAUAUGAUUUUAGAGACAGGCUGGGCACUGUCUAUGAAAAAUUCAUCACUCCAGAAGACUUGAGUAAACUGUCUGCAGUAUUGGAAGACACAGAAAAUUGGCUUUAUGAAGACGGAGAGGACCAACCUAAACAAGUUUAUGUGGAUAAGCUUCAAGAACUAAAGAAAUAUGGCCAGCCUAUUCAAAUGAAGUACAUGGAGCAUGAAGAGAGACCAAAAGCCUUAAAUGACUUGGGAAAAAAGAUCCAACUUGUCAUGAAAGUGAUAGAAGCUUAUAGAAACAAGGAUGAAAGAUAUGAUCAUCUGGAUCCUACUGAAAUGGAAAAGGUUGAAAAAUAUAUCAGUGAUGCCAUGAGUUGGCUGAAUAGUAAGAUGAAUGCACAGAACAAACUAAGUCUCACUCAAGAUCCUGUGGUAAAAGUUUCAGAAAUAGUAGCAAAGUCAAAGGAACUGGAUAAUUUCUGUAACCCCAUCAUUUACAAGCCCAAACCAAAAGUAGAAGUUCCUGAAGACAAAGCAAAAGCUAAUAAUGAACACAAUGGCCCAAUGGAUGGACCGAGUGGAACCGAAACUAAAUCAGAUUCAACAAAAGACAACUCACAGCCUACUAAAUCCUCUGGAGAGAUGGAAGUGGACUAAGUCUUAAUUUUACCUUCACAUAAUUCAAACAGUGCAAGUAACCACAGGGUCCAUCUUUUACAUCUGGUACACACAACAGAUGCUCAGUUGUUCUUAACCACUUUUGUCAUUUGUUUUUUGGAGUAGUUUUGAAAAGUGUUUUAUAUUGAGUGCACUUCUGUUCAUUUCCAUUGCUGCUUGUAUGAAGCUUUAGCCGAAUUAGAUUUACAAGACAAUUUAAGCUUUCCGGAUAAUUUUAUGUCAAACAUACAGGAUUGAUACAUAGUUGGCAACACUCUACCUUAUUUAAAGCUUCUACUGGGAUAAACCUCAAUUCCUUUAUUCAGGAAAGGAUACUUUAUUGCACUAUUGUUGCAGAAGCAUAGAUUUAAUUGCAUCUUUAUUUUGAAAAACAAAUGAAAAUUGAUGGGGUUUAAAGCUACAGAGGCACUGACCUUUUUCUAGUUAUUGUAUUGCUACAAUUUAAAUAUUAAAACAAAUAAGAGCUUUCUCAACAAAUUAGUCCAUCUCAUUGAUGUACCACAGAAAUCCAAAGCUUUGCUGUCAUCACAUAAAUGAACUAAAUCUACAUGUGAAAGGGAACACACCCAAUUUUAUGUUAAGGUGAAACCAGCAGUUUGCUUCUUUUAUUAGUAAUGUGGAUUGAUGUUUUCUCAGAGUAACUCAUUGUCUUUUUCGCUUGAAAUUUUUGAUCUUGUCCUGAAGACUAGCUGCUGCUAAAACAAUGCUAGCCUAAAGAUAUAGGAGUCUCUGACAAAAUGACUUUCAUGUUAAGGGGAAAUGCUGUUUAUCUACUCAGACAUGCAUCUGUGAUGUUCAUAGCCUUGUUUCAGUUAUAAUAGUUGUCUUGUUUUUUUCUUGAUUUUGUUAAUAAUACCUUAACACAGGGUACAAAGAAGUGGCACAGUGUAUUGCAUUAUAUACAUUUAUCAUUGAUUUACCUAAUGUUACCUUGUAGAUUAAACACUAUUAAGUGGUAAUACUUGAAAAGGAGCACUUAUACCAUAAGUCUUAGGAAAUAAUGUUUGUAAUAAACUUAACUAUGUUACAUAUCAACAGGCAAAAAUAUAGAAUGUUACAUAGUGUUGUGUGAUUAAAUUAUAGUUCCUGCUGUUAACAUUACCUUUUGAAA